AUGCAGAUAUCAAAAGCGCGGCUAGCGGCCAGCCGCGGGCAAGACACGCGACGGAUCGUGCCACCACGGUGGGAUCCUGGUGGGGAGCCCGCUGGAGCCCUUGACUCGAUGCCGGGUUGCUGUUACCUCAUUUUUCCGCCUUCUCCCGCCCGUGCUUGGCUGGAAGUGAUUUCGCAUCACCGACAGCUCUCGUUCUCCAGAAAGAUGUAUUCUUUUACGUAUUUGCAUUCCGGUUCCUCGGGGUCCCCAUGGGGAAGCAUCAUCGAAGGCACGAAGAAUCUGGAUAAAGUUCGUCCGGCGGCGGGAAUCUUGUCAAACUCUGGCAUUACCCCUAUUUUACCUAAUGGCAGCCGCGACAUGCAUGGGGAAGCGCCAGGCACCUUGGACGGUGAGCUAUACUGUAGACACCCGAGAUAUCCGUCCAAGGUGGAGCCAAGAGAUUGCAACUGCGAGUUUUGCCGCCGCGGGGCAGACAGCAGAUGCGCGAAUUUUGUGAAAAGGGGUGGACAAACGGCUGAUGGCGUGAGGUGAGCGAGUGAUAUACACAGGGAAAAAAAUAAAAGGGUAGAAUAUGAAAAGAUAAGGGCGAGCUCUCUUUUUGCCAAGGGAGCAGAGCGACCCAUCAUCGAGCAUGGCCCGACUGCGAUUCGGAAACAUGCACGGAGCAAAAAGGCAACGGGCCACAAGAUGAUAGAUACCAGGUCAUACUGGGAAUCGAACCCAGAUCCUGAGGAGGCCUGGCAGUCAGAACCUCAUGUGCUAGCCUUUACACCAUACGACCGACUUGCAAGUAAGGAUUGCUUGGGGGCGGGCCGCAGGCUGGAUGCAUGAUGUGUGUUGUUGCACGGUCUGGUGGGUCAUCCGACGCCGCAGUCUCCUUUGGGUUUGGCUGUGCAGGACGGCGGCAGCCUUCUUGAUGGAUGCGGCUGGGUCCAGCCGCGAGAUUCGAGGAUGAGCGGCCCGGCCAAUCGAAUCAGCGGUUGAAGGUCUAAACCCCUAGCGUUGUCUUGCAAAGACGGCAAGGUGCGAAGCGACAUCUUCAUGGUUCUAUGCACCACUUUCCUGUUGAAGGUGCACGACGCGGCUUGACAGAAAGUGGUAUCAACACCAGAAAACGGCGUCCAGUCAGUUUCCUCUUGAAACGGGGAAACGAGUCACUGGUCCUAUUCGGAGUCGCCAAUUUAAAACACCCUCGUGUUUCCUAGUGCUUACCUAGGCGAUUCCCACGAUUCAUCUCCAGCCGUAUCGGCGUGCCCUGUAGACUAGGUGCCGGUGCUCGGAGUGUUCUCGAGAUUUGCCGUGGCCCUACAGCAGGGCCGGAGGCGGGGGGUGGAUGGCGCACGCGAGUCACAACACAACACAGGUCAAAGUGCAAUUUACUGCAGCAGCGCUGGCGAGGAGGUGGGUUAUAGCAGCAGUCACUAACCAUUUGAUGCGCGAUGGUGAAAUUCCGGAAAUGGGGUCCUGGUAGUAGAAAAGGGGAAAUAUUUGUGGAAAAGAGAUAGGAAAGGAAUAGGGAGGAGAUAAGGAAGGAGACGAGAAAUGAGAUCGGAGAUGACAUAGACAAGGAAAUCUAAACGGAAACAAAAAGGAGACAGUAAAGGAUAUAAGCUACGCC